GGCGGGUCUCUGCUCUACUCUGCUCUACUCUGCCUGUCUCAACAGAUGGUGGAGCUUAGAGAUAGUCAUCACAUCACAGAGAGGUUCUCCUUCUUCCAGAGGAGCUGAGUUGUGUGGUCCACCUCUAUCCUCUGUAACCACCAGCACGACCAGAACUCUACAUCGGACUUCCUGGUUCGGACUCUCCUGACUUCCAGACUUCUCCUCGGCUGUGAGAGCUCCAGUGGGUGCCUGUGAGUGAGUGACACCCUCCAUCGAUCCCUCCAUCCCUCCGUAAUGCUGCUGUUGUGUGUGACCUGGCUUGGCCUCGUGUCCCUGGGUUGGGACCAGGGCUGUUCAGCCAUCAGCACUACCAGAGCCCAGGGAGGCCUCAGGGGACACGUGCAGAGGGACCGCAGGAACAUCAGACCCAACAUCAUCCUCAUCAUGACCGACGAUCAGGACACAGAGCUCGGUUCUCUCCAGGUGAUGAAUAAGACUCGUAAGAUAAUGGAGAAUGGAGGCACCUCAUUCAUCAACGCCUUUGUGACCACGCCCAUGUGCUGUCCGUCUCGCUCGUCCAUGCUGACAGGGAGGUAUGUUCACAAUCACAACACGUACACCAACAACGAGAACUGUUCUUCGCCGUCCUGGCAGGCCCAGCACGAACCACGCUCCUUCGCUGUCUACCUCAACAACACGGGAUACAGGACAGCGUUCUUUGGGAAGUAUCUGAACGAGUACAACGGUAGCUACGUCCCUCCCGGGUGGCGUGAAUGGGUGGGGCUCAUCAAAAACUCUCGCUUUUAUAAUUACACCGUCUGUCGGAACGGUUACAAGGAGAAACACGGCGUGGAGUAUUCCAAGGACUAUUUCACGGACCUGAUCACCAACGACAGUAUCAACUUCUUCCGUAUGUCCAAGAAGGUGUACCCUCACCGGCCAGUGAUGAUGGUCCUCACCCACGCUGCCCCCCACGGGCCGGAGGACUCAGCCCCACAAUACGCAGAGAUGUUCCCAAAUGCCUCCCAACACAUCACCCCCAGUUAUAACUACGCCCCCAACAUGGAUAAACACUGGAUCAUGCAGUACACCGGUCCCAUGAGACCCAUCCACAUGGAGUUCACUAACUUCCUGCACAGGAAGAGACUGCAAACACUCAUGUCAGUGGACGACUCUGUACAGAAGGUAUAUGAGAUGUUGGUAGAGAGUGGGGAACUGGACAACACCUACAUAAUCUACACGGCUGACCACGGCUACCACAUUGGCCAGUUUGGGCUGGUCAAGGGGAAGUCCAUGCCCUACGACUUUGACAUCAGAGUGCCCUUCUUCCUCCGCGGGCCCAACGUCGAACGUGGAGCCGUUGUCCCUCAGCUGGUGUUGAACAUUGAUCUGGCCCCCACCAUACUGCACAUGGCUGGGCUGGACACGCCUCCAGACAUGGACGGGAAGUCCAUCCUCAAACUACUAGAACAGGAGAAGACUGGAAACAGAUUCAAACGCAAUCGGAAACCCAAAGUCUGGAGAGAUACAUUCCUGGUGGAGAGAGGUAAACUCCUGAGGAAGAAGGAGGACAGAGGUGGCAGUUCAACCACCCAGAACACCAACAGCCUGCCCAAAUAUAAGAAGGUCAAAGAGGUGUGUCAACAGGCAGAGUUCCAGACACCUUGUGAACAGCCUGGACAGAAGUGGCACUGUGUGGAGGAGAUCACUGGGAAGUGGCGGAUCCAUAAGUGUAAAGGAGGUGGACUGAAGGAAGGCCCUAGGAAGAGGGCCCCCAGCCUGAGGCCUCACGGCAGCUACAACAGUAGGGAGAGAGAACCCUGCGACUGUGGUCUUGACCGACCGGGACGCUCACACCGCCAGUUCACACCCUCCUCUGGAGAACCAGGCUAUAGGCCUCGUUUCGUCCAUACUCGACCCACCAGAUCUCUGUCCGUGGAGUUCGAAGGGCAGAUCUAUGACGUUGACCUCGCGGAAGACGACCAGUCAGCCGUGCAGAGACGUGUCAUCAAAAAGCGUCACUAUGAGCAGGAGGACCCCGAGUUUGCCUUGGAGUCAGACGACAGGUCAGAGGAGAUGCUAGCGGAUGAUACCAAUGCCGUGGGGUACCCGAACUCUGUCAAGGUCACACACAAGUGUUACUACCUGAUGAAUGACACGGUCCACUGUGAGAGAGAGAUCUACUCUUCCUCUAGAGCCUGGAAGGACCAUAAGAGCUAUGUGGACCAGGAAAUCGAGGCCCUUCAGGACAAGAUAAAGAACCUUCGGGAGGUCAGGGGUCAUCUGAAGAGGAGGCGACCUGAUGAGUGUGACUGUGGAAAGAAGAGGGUGGCGGCCCAAGAAGUGGAUGGGAAGACGCAGCUGUUUAACGAGAUCAGGCGGAAGAAAAAGGAGAGGAAAGAGAGAAAGAGGCUGAAAAAUGGGGAUGACUGUAGUCUACCUGGCCUCACCUGUUUCACUCACAACAACGACCACUGGCAGACCGCCCCCUUCUGGAACCUGGGAGCAUUCUGUGCCUGCACCAGUUCCAACAACAACACCUACUGGUGCGUGAGGACCAUCAACGAAACGCACAACACCCUGUUCUGUGAGUUCGCUACGGGCUUCCUCGAGUACUUUGACCUCAACCACGACCCCUAUCAGUUGACCAACGUGGUGUAUUCCGUGGACAGAGAGGUGUUGAACACCCUCCAUUCCCAGCUGAUGGAGAUGAGGAGCUGCCAGGGACACAAGCAGUGUAACCCCCGACCCAAAGGGCUGGACACAACAGGAGGUAAAGAUGGAGACAGCUACGAAGCACACAGCACUCAGCCAGUCUGGGACGGACGAGCGGGUUAAGCUGCCCAACAUGACGGAGGAGGAGGUGACUACAGCCCAGGACGACUGGCACAUCUUCCAGAAGGACGUUGAUAAUGUUUCUGCUACACCUUUUAGACCAACCGGAGAAAAACAACGACGACGACCAAAACCCCAAAAGGCUUGACUUUAAGGAUGACCCGGCGUCUGUGCAGAGGGGGCCGUGAGUGGCCCAUCAGAUGGAGGAGGGGCUAGACAGCGAGGAGGCGGGGCUGGUCUUCAGUGGCAACAGGAACAACGGGCUGACGGAGAAGGAGGUGUGACACAAUGACCUGGAGAGGGGGACGGAGCUGGGAGGAAGCCUCAUCCAGGGACUGGAGCUGGGAGGAAGAGGCCCAAGGCUACCUCCCCCUCUCCCCACAGACAAUGAAGCCCACAAUACAGGCCUCCAACACUAUCACUGGGAGCCCCCAAGGGGACUGGGUUGGUAGUGGGCCAGCACCUCCAGACCCAACAGUAACAGGUAGAGAUGCAGUAGACUCCCUUGGGCCAAUCCCCUCAGCCCUCCUCCAACCACACCCAGUGAGACACAUACAGACAAAUUAAAGGUGCUGACCUGCCAUUGGGCAGCCUGGUGGUCACCAUAGAGACACAGAAACUGGGGGAGAUGGAGAGCCAAGAUGGCUGACGAUGAUUUCAGCACCAGUCAGUUAGAGCUGUAUUAUUAAUGAGUAUUAAAGUUAUUCUUGUUUUUUCACAGGUGCUUUCAUUUAUUAUUAUUGGAAAAACUACAGUGUUCUGUUUUUUCAAAAUAUAUAUUUUGUAAAAAAAAAUGUAAAUCCUUAACACAGCAGAAAUGAUUGAAAUGUGGGGAAUUCAACUUUUAAUUGAUUUUAAUUCAGAUCCAAGUCCAAAAUAACACAGUUGACCAUUUUAAUAAUAUAUAUAUAUUAAAGGUUAUAAGAAUGGUGAAACCAUUUCCUGGUCUGAAGGUUAUAGUUGUCUUUUGGCGUUAGCUAACACCUUGGUGUACUUCAAUGGAGUUGGCUAAUGCUAACACCUUGGUGUGCUACAAUGGAGUUGGCUAAUGCUAACACCUUGGUGUGCUACAAGGGAGUUGGCUAAUGCUAACACCUUGGUGUGCUACAAGGAGUUGGCUAAUGCUAACACCUUGGUGUGCUACAAUGGAGUUGGCUAAUGCUCACAGACUCAGGCCGGGACGCGAUUUGAUCUGCGUUAGAUCCGUGUUAAAGAGUGCUUGACAUUUAAAGUAAUUUUCCGAUUGAGCUGACAUUUGCAGUGUUCACUGUGAAUGCGUUUGCCUGUGAAUGCGGGAGCAUUACCUUUUUAAAAGACUCAUUGUCGAUAAAGCGCGAUCUGAUUGAAUCCGCCCUCAGUCAUCUCUAGACCGAUCAUCACUCAGAUGAUGCCAACAGUUUGACCCUAAACGCACUUUAAACAUUCAGCUUUUCCCUUGAACUGACCGUUGUCUGUAGUCACUGAUCGUGUCCGAAAUCUGACUUGCCUACUACUUAAACUAAACAUUGUGUACUAAACGUACUACAUGCUAAUUAAAACGCACCGUUUAGUAAGAAUGUACAAAGUAAGCAACAAAUAUCAACGUACUGUUCAUCCAUACUGAGAAGGAGUCAUCGACUGCGCAAUCACACUUGUUCCGCAUCCCCUAUUCUGAUUAUCAGCUGUUGUCAAACACGUGGGGAAAAGAGCUGCGUCGCUUCCUCAAUAGUGUGCUGCGAAUUCUAUUUCAUCAAAAGUCAAAUGAGUAUGAGAUCUGGGCAUUUAAAGUACACUCGAUUUUCAACAACGUCUCAUACUAUAAAACGAUAUAUUUUAUUGCAUAUUUAAGUAACCUACUAAGGUAUUCGGACACGGUCAGUGUAACUCCCAAUUGUGUCACGAUGCUUAAUACUGAUCAUUGGUAUUUCAUUUUGAACACAGUGAUUUUAUGGAUAAUUGCUACUGCAAGUGAAACACUGAAUGUGGCCGUUUAUAGUUUCAACACAAAAAAAAAAUGACAAAAAUGAACAUUGUUACCAUAAUUGAAUGAUUUGCUAAAUAUAAUUAUUUAACUUUG